AUGAAGGUCAAGAUCAAGCAGUGGAACGCAGUCGCCACGUGGCGGUGGGAUCUCCCAGAGGACGACGUCUGCGGUAUCUGCCAGAAUCACUUUGACGGCACUUGUCCGUCGUGCAAAUUCCCCGGAGACGACUGCACCCUAUUAUCUGGCAAAUGCGGUCACAAUUUCCACAUGCACUGCAUUCUCGAAUGGAUCAAGCAGGACUCGGCCAAGGGACAAUGUCCCAUGUGCAGACAGCGCAUGGAUCGCAGCAUUCGAGUGGCACGAACAGUCUGGGGCGACGACUUCCCCCCAGGCACACGAUGUGACGUCUUGACGAGCUUCUAG